AUGACUUGUCAUUCUUGUGUGCGGUCCAUCACAAAUGUUGUCGAAUCAUUACCGGAAGUAACAGACUGUGAAGUAAGCCUAGAAAAAGAACAAGCAAAAAUUAGCUUUGACGCGAGCAAAAUUAGCAAAGCCCAAAUUAUCCAAACAAUUGAGGAUUGUGGAUUUCAAGUUCCGUUGACUGAAGAGAGACUGUCUUUCGAAUUGGCUUUGAAUAAUGAUAAGAAUCCCAACGCCGAUUCUAACGACCGUUCAAUUCUUAUCACUUUGCCCGUCAAAGGGAUGACGUGUAUGUCGUGCGUGAAUUCCAUCACUAAUGUCUUGAAGAUGGCUUCAGGUGUCAGAAAUGUUGACGUCAGCUUAAAAGACAAAAAUGCAACGGUGAGAUUUGAUCCGGAAAAAAUUAGCCAACAAGAGAUCAUUAAUGCGAUAGAAGAUUGUGGAUUCCAAGUGCCACAAAUCGACGAGAUUGGAAGUUCAUUGAUUGAGAUUAAUUUACCCAUAAAAGGAAUGACAUGCAAUUCUUGUGUGAACUCCAUUAUGAAUGUAUUGCAACCUAUGCCUGGGAUUCAUAAUGUCCAGAUUAGUCUCGAGGAUGAGUGUGCUUCUAUUGAAUUUAAAGAGCUUUUAAUUUCAAAAAAAGAAAUUAUCGAUACAAUUGAAGAUUGUGGAUUCAAAGUCCCAAUUGAUGACGUAAAUAUCACCAAGAAAAAUAAUCAAAACAAAUCUCCUCUCAUAUCAAGUUCAGAUGUUUUUACAAAUAUAGGAAUUAAAACACCGCCUGCAAAUAAAAAUUCAUUUCCGUUAUCAAUGAUAAAAUCACACACGUUUUCUGAGGAAAGCAUUCUGAUUGGCCAAUUAAAAAUUUUAGGCAUGACUUGUGCGUCAUGUGUCAAUAGCAUCGAACGUUCACUUCGAUCCACACCUGGAAUAGUUUCAGUCAAAGUUAGUCUGUUAGCUGAACGUGCAACUGUAGAAUACGAUGCGAAUGUCAUCGAUGAAGAUGGAAUUGCGCGAUUGGUAAAUUCAAUAGGGUUUGAAGCAUCACCAAUCCGUCAAAGACGCGAGGAUACCCUGGAAUUACAGAUCUUUGGAAUGACCGAUAGUACUAGCGCAGAUAAAAUUGAACAGAAUCUACGUAAAUCUCCUGGAAUUCUAAAUGCUUCGGUGAACUUCGCUGCAGAAAAAGCUAACAUUCAGUAUGAUAAAGAAUUUUUGGGUGUUCGCGAUGUGGUGAAUCUAAUUGAAGAUUUAGGAUACGACGCUUUAUUGAUUGACAGUAGUCGCAAUGCGCAGUUAGAAUCAUUGGCACGAACAAAAGAAAUUGCAGAAUGGCAUGAUGCUUUCUUUCGAUCACUUACAUUUGCAAUGCCCGUGUUUAUCAUCUGUAUGAUUCUGCCAGCAUUUGAAUGGGGCUCAAAAAUGGUCGAUGUUCGAUUAUUACCAGGAAUUUAUAGCGGGGAUUUCCUUUCAUUGAUAUUAACGAUUCCUGUGCAAUUUGGUGUGGGAAAAAGAUUCUAUCUCACUUCAUAUAAGGCAUUAAAACAUGGAACAGCAACAAUGGAUGUAUUAAUAGCAUUGGGGACAACAUCCGCCUUUUUCUUUUCUUGUUUCUCAAUGUUUUAUGCGCUCUGUGAUUUUCCAACACACACAAAACCCUCAACAUUUUUUGACACCUCCACAAUGAUAAUCACAUUCGUCACACUUGGUCGAUAUCUGGAAAAUAUGGCGAAGGGCAAAACUUCAGUCGCACUAUCGAAAUUAAUGUCACUCACACCUUCCACGACUAUAAUUUAUCUUAAAGACUCGAAAUCCGGAGAAAUUCUCGGAGAAAAGAAAAUUCCAACUGAAUUGGUACAAGUUGAUGAUAUCGUAAAAAUUGUUCCUGGAGAUAAAAUUCCUGCCGAUGGAGUUCUAAUAUCUGGACAAUCAACGGUCGAUGAGUCGAUGGUGACUGGUGAGGUUAAACAAGUUAAUAAAAAACCGGGAGAUGCUGUAAUUGGAGGAACUGUUAAUGGAUUAGGAACAUUUCAAAUGCAAGUUACCCGCGCUGGUAAUGAUACUGCAUUAGCUCAAAUUGUGAAAUUGGUCGAGGAAGCUCAAACUUCGAAAGCACCAAUACAAGCAUUUGCUGAUACUGUAGCUGGAUAUUUUGUACCGGUGGUGAUCGCUUUAGCGGUUACCACAUUUUUCGGAUGGAUCUUACUUUCGCAUAUUCUUAAUCCAGUUCCUGAAAUAUUCUAUCAAGAGAGCAGUUACUUUAUGGUCUCCUUAAAACUAUGUAUCUCUGUAAUUGUGGUCGCAUGUCCUUGUGCGUUAGGAUUAAGUACACCGACAGCCGUGAUGGUUGGAACAGGAAUUGGCGCCCAAAACGGUAUUCUAAUCAAAGGUGGAGGUCCAUUAGAGGAAAGCAAUAAAGUCACCAAAGUAAUAUUUGAUAAAACCGGAACACUCACUAAAGGACAAUUGGAAGUGGCAUAUUAUAAAAUGUUUACCGGAAAUUUGGAAUUAACCGAGGAAAAGCUUUUUGCCAUUGUUGGAGCUGCGGAAUCUUCGAGUGAGCAUCCACUCGGUCGAGCUAUUGUACAACAUGCACAAAAUUUAUUAGAUAUUAAACAAUUUGACGCUGAAGUCUCAGAAUUUGAAGCAGUUGCGGGAUUAGGUAUAAAAUGUAACGUACUAUAUAAUGCAUCACGUGCAUCAAAUUUGAUAAAUCAGUCGACGAGAUUUACAUCAAAUACUGCAACGUCGUAUAAUGUACUUAUUGGUAAUGCUAGUUUCCUUUCUGAUCAUAAUCAAAUAUCUAUUCCGAAUUCGGCAUAUGAAAUCAAAGAAAGGCAAGAACGACUUGGGCGAACCACCAUUUUAAUAGCAAUUAAUAACACACUUGUCGCUGGCAUCUUUUUAUCGGACAUCGUAAAACCCGAAGCGAAAUUAACCGUUGCCGCAUUAAAUAAAAUGGGUAUUUCGGUAGCAAUGGUCACAGGAGAUCAAGAAUUAACUGCAAAAACAAUCGCUGCACAAUGUGGAAUAACGGAAAUUUACGCCGGUGUCUCCCCAAGUGGUAAAAAACAGAUUAUUCAAACACUUCAAUAUCCCUCUGCCAUCACAAAAAGAAACAUUGUUGCAAUGGUGGGCGAUGGGAUAAAUGAUUCACCCGCUUUGGCUGCAGCAAAUAUAGGAAUUGCAAUGUGUAGUGGGACGGAUAUUGCGAUAGAAGCAGCAGAUUUAGUAUUAAUGUCUAAUGAUUUGAUGGACGUGGUCGCAGCAUUGGAUCUUUCACGAACAAUAUUUCGAAGGAUACAAUUGAAUUUCUUGUGGGCAUGUAUUUAUAAUGUAUUGGGAAUUCCAUUAGCGAUGGGAUUCUUCAUUCCAUGGGGCUUGCACUUACAUCCGAUGAUGGCUGGUGCGGCGAUGGCUUGUUCUAGUGUUAGUGUCGUGUUAUCGAGCCUAAUGUUGAAAUGGUGGCGAAAACCUCAAUGGGUUGAUGAUGGUAAGGGGGGUGCUGAAAGAAUAAAACCUAAAGGUGAAGGUAUAUUAGGUGCUAUUGAUCGAUGGGGCAAAAAACGAGUCGAACGAGGAUAUAAACGCGUCCCUGUUGGAGAUGAAGAUGUAUAA